CUUACCAUAACUUUAUGAAAACAACAAAACAGAAUCGUUGCAAAAAAAAAAAAAUGUUGACUAUAGCUAUUUAGAAUUUGUUUAUUAGAGUCGGUUCGAGAGUACAAAAAUUAAGAAAUAUAAACAGUGAGACAGCCCGAGAAACUCUUAGAAGACAUGUGAGCAAGUGAUUGAUUUGAUUGGAAAUGAUUACAACCACGUGGUAUUGGAGGCAGGCAAUCGUUGGAUGGCGACGAAAUUCCUUACUUCUUAUCCUUCCAACCAAAUCUACAGCUCUCCGGUACAGCAGUAACAUGGCACCAGAGAGGAGAGCAAAACAAGUGUGUGUGGUGACAGGUGGUUCGGGCUUCCUUGGACAGCACAUUGUACAUCUUUUACAAACAAAAUGCGAUGAUGUGCGUGAAGUACGUACAUUCGAUAUUCGGCCCAUUAAGAAAUUUCUAGAAUACGAAGACAAUUUUUCUAGCCGCCACAUCAUUGGUGAUGUUACCAACUACACUGAUAUCAUGCAAGCAUUAGAUGGAGUCGAUGUUGUAUACCAUGUUGCUGGUGUAGUCAGUUAUGGGACCAGACCAGAUACUGAAUUGAUGCAGAAAGUUAAUGUCUCAGGCACAGAGAAUGUUAUCCAUGCAUGCAUCGAAAUGAGUGUGCCACGACUUAUCUUCUGCAGCACUGUAGACGUCGUUGUAGGAGAUAAAAACAUAGUUGAUGGCACAGAGGACACUGCAAUCACACCAAGCCAUUUCCUUUUCCCUGGAUACCCACAAACUAAGCACGAGGCAGAAGAUUUAGUCUGUAGAGCAAAUGGUUCACACCUUGCCAACGGUGGACGCCUGUACACUGUUUCGCUGCGUCCAAAUGUCAUGUAUGGUGAAGGUGACCCAUUCCUUAUUCCUUCCGCACUUCAGUCUGCCUAUAGCGCAGGUGGAUGGUCAGUCUGUGUUGGCAAUGGUAAAGCCAUCUUCCAGGUAUCCUACGCAGGCAAUGUGGCCUGGGCGUUUCUAAUGGCUAAUCGGACACUCCUCGACAACAAACUAACUAACGUAGAAGGUCAAUACUUCUUUGUGCCCGACGACACACCUGCGACCAGCAUCUACACAACCCUAGAACCCUAUCUUCAUGACCGUGGGUUCAAGCACAUGCCAGUAUACAUCCCGUAUUGGUUGAUCCAUGGUCUCUUGAGCAUCCGGGAUCUGUUUUUGUGGCUGAUAUCGCCCUUGGUCAAAAUCAAUGCUCAACCACCCAUCUGCAGUAUCAAGUACAUCAACAUGACACUGACCUUUAAAAAUGACAAAGCAAGGACGUACUUAGGCUUCCGGCCAUUAUUCAAUCCUGAAGAGGCAUUGCAGAGAUCAAGAAAGUAUUAUAAGAAAAUAAAACUUAAUUAAACAUGC